AUGCCUGCGGAUCAGAAAUUGAUGUGGGCCGGCUACAAGCGAGGACGUGCUGUAGUUGAUUUGAAAACCUUCAGUGACUAUAUGACUGGGGUGAUGCAAGACGCUUCAAGUGUAGUGCUGUAUGAAUCGGACCCACGAAAGAACACCGCAAGAGAGAAAUCGAAUGUGUACGUCAAUUCACAUAAGGCCGACGAGACAGCCACUACAACGACAACCCAGCUUAAGACCACCAGAAGUAGGGCACUAACCUUGUGUCAAAUUUGUCUGUAUGGACACGGCAGAAGAGCAUGCCGUAUUAGCAGCAAGUGCAACGUAAACGGUUGUCAGUUCAAACACCAUCCAUUGCUGCACGGGAAAGCAACGACACCAGUAACGCAAUUAGCGAAUAUCAAUACCAAUCGGCCCCAGGAUUCCGGUGUUUUGUUCCGGAUCUUACCCGUGACGUUGUACGGGAAGUCGGGCCAGGUCAACACCUUCGCUUUUUUGGACGAGGGGUCAUCAUUAACCCUGGUCGAGGGCGGUCUGGUAGCGCAGCUUGGCAUAGCAGGAGACUCGCAACCACUUUUUCUGAGGUGGACCGGGAAUACGUCAAGAGAAGAGAAGAAUUCAAAGACGGUGACGAUUAUUGUUUCGGGAUUGGAUCCACAGUGUCAUUACCAAUUAGUGAAUGCCCGCACGGUACAGAAUUUGGACUUACCGAUGCAAUCCUUCGAUGUAGAGAGGGCAACAAAGAGGUUUGCUCACCUGAGGCAGUUGCCGAUUCAAAGCUACCAUAACGCUAGACCAGCAAUUCUGAUCGGGUUCUUUGCUGUGGAAGAGAGUGGAGUAAGGCAGCUUGGGGACUGUCUCAGCGCGGAAGAACAGCGAGCUCAAGAAAUGUUGGAAAAAACGACGAAGCGUAUCGGCCGACACUACGAAACAGGUUUACUGUGGACGGAAGAAGAAAUAGAGUUACCUGACAGCUACGGUAUGGCAUUGCAAAGGCAUCAGUGUCUACAACGAAGGAUGGACCGCAACCCAGCUCUACGUGAGAAUAUCAGUCGUCAAAUAAAAGAGUACGUAGAAAAGGGUUAUGCACAUAGAGCGACGCCGGCCGAAUUGGAGAGUGCGAACCCCAGGAAAGCUUGGUUUUUACCAUUGGGAGCAGUUACGAACCCAAACAAACCUGGGAAGGUGCGACUCAUCUGGGAUGCAGCGGCGAAGGCCUCCGGUGUAUCACUGAACAGUGUACUGCUGAAAGGACCGGACCAGCUUACCCUCUUACCCGCUGUACUUUUCCGCUUUCGUCUGUACUAUUUUGCUGUUAGUGCAGACAUAGAACAAAUGUUCCACCAAUUGGGUAUAAUACAGGAUGACAAAAACUCAUUACGCUUUCUGUGGAGCGAUACUGCGGAUGGGCCGGUCCAAAUAUACCUGAUGGACGUUGCGACGUUCGGUGCUACGUGCUCACCUGCUUCGGCGCAGUACGUCAAAAACGUGAAUGCCCAGGAACACAUCAAGCAAUACCCAAGAGCUGUCGAAGGAAUUUUAAAGAGCCACUAUGUCGACGAUUACCUCGACAGUUUUGGCACCGAAACUGAAAGGGUCCUGACGAAACUCGGAGAACCAGCGGUAAUAGACAGCAAGAACCUUAACCUAGAUUGCGGCGAACAGGUGGAUUGCGUGCUUGGAAAGCUGUGGACCUCAAGCUCUGACGAAUUGAGCUUCCCCACCCGUAUGAGCGAUGAAAUUACGAACCUUCUGCACCAUGACACCCGGCCGACAAAACGUCAGGUACUGCGGUGCGUAAUGUCGUUGUUCGAUCCCCUGGGAUUACUUGCGCCGUUUAUAAUCCAUGAAAAGUGCUUAUCCAAGAAUUGUGGCGAGCUGGAACGCAGUGGGAUGAAACAAUGUUAUUUUCCCCGAGCCACAAAAGACACGUAUGAGGAUGCUCAGCUUCACGUAUUUUUCGAUGCAAGUGAGAUUGCUUAUUCGUGUGCAGCUUAUAUCCGAACGACCGUAGGCGACUGUGUGUUAGUUUCCGGAAAAUCGAAGGUAGCUCCGCUAAAACCGAUGUCCAUCCCGAGGCUCGAGCUGCAAGCAUGCGUCCUUGGGGCGCGUCUUCUUAAAUUCGUGCAAGACAAUCAUCCGGUCGUGUUCUCCAAGAGAUUCCUUUGGACAGACUCUUCGACAGCAAGAUCUUGGAUACGGUCGGACCCGCGACGCGACAAACCCUUCGUAGCUCAUCGGGUAGGCGAGAUAUUUGAGAUCACGGAUGUCAAACUUAACCCUGCAGAUGAAUCUACCAAGUGGGGCCGAGGACCUUAUUUCCACCCAGAUAGCCAAUGGUUCAACGGGCCGGAUUUCCUGCGACUUCCCGAGGAGAAAUGGCCGCAAAUGACUGGAACAGUGGAGGUGACAACCGAAGAUGCUGGACCUUCGGUGUUGUUUCAUUUCGCGAUGGAACCAGUGCUGGAUUUCGAACGAUUUUCGACCUGGAAGAGGAUGUUACGCACUACGGCUUACGUUCUACGUUUCUUCUUCAACAUCUCUAAACCGGAACAGAAGCGGUGCGGAUCCCUUACACAAGCUACACUGCUCGACGCUGAACGGACGAUAAUGAAGCUGGUCCAACGAGAAAGCUAUCCAGACGAAACGGCGGUUCUUGAACAGAGAGAUUCUCAACAAAACGGUCAUGGGUCCAUUGAUCGAAACAGCAAGCUUUACCAAUUAAUGCCCGCAGUAGAUGAAAAUGGUUUGCUGAGGCCACAAAGUCGUGUAGCUGCGGCAAGAGAAUUGGAAUUCGAUGCCCGUUUUCCACUCAUCCUGCCACCAAAGCACCGAGCAAUGAGAAUUCUGGUGGAAGAUUAUCAUCGUCGCUAUCGACAUGCGAACAACGAAACUGUCGUUAACGAACUGCGCCAGCGCUUUACCAUCUCGAGUCUACGUCAGCUUGUUAAGUCAGUGGUCUAUAAGUGUCAGCUGUGCAAGAUCCGCAAGGCACGUUCUAGCAAUCCACCGAUGGCGGCAUUUCCUCCAGCCCGCCUAGCGAUGCAUUACCGUCCGUUCACCUACGUAGGCCUGGAUUAUUUUGGCCCGUUCCUGACGAAAGUUGGAAGGUCGAACGUGAAGAGAUGGAUCGCCCUCUUUACGUGUAUCACCGUUCGGUCUGUUCAUCUUGAAGUUGCCUAUAGUCUGUCAAAGGCUUCCUGUAUCUCCUGUGUACGACGAUUCGUCGGUCGUCGAGGGUCGCCAAUGGAAAUUUUUAGCGACAACGGAACGAACUUCCAAGGUGCGGAACGUAUACUUCGUGAGCAGAUCGACAAAGAGUUGUCUGUGACAUUCACCAGCACAACGACGAAGUGGAGUUUCAUACCUCCCGGGGCUCAACACAUGGGGGCGCUUGGGAAAGGUUGGUACGGUCUGUCAAGUCGGCUAUGA